AAUAGAGACUUUAUAUACAAUACGAUUGUUGAUUUUUGUUAUCAUAACAAAAACAAGAAAAAUACAAUUUUAUUUGAAGCAACUGAUCUGAGAACUAGAUGAUUUAAAGUUCAUAAUACAGGUGUUUUAAAGUCAUAACAAGUGUAUUUGUUUACAAAAGAAGUAUGUCAUCUUCGAAUAGUAGAGUUACAUUAUACGGAACGAACGAAGGCGGUAAGGUGGAGAACAAGAUGUCAAUUAACUUAAAUUGGUAUGCUACAAAGAAAACCGUAUCGAAGGGUCUUCUAAACAUCGGCCUUCUAACGUCUAACGCAAUGCAGUUAAAGACAACCAUAAGUCAAGGUUCCUGUCAUAACUACUUCUACCUAAAUAUCGUUUUGAUCACCAUUUCAAUUGUCUUGCAGAUUGUACUUGCUAUCGCAUUGGUAAAGCUCGGAUUAAAUAAAUGGGAAAAUGAGGCCGCGCAGAAGAGCGCAGACAGACAAAAUAAUUUUGUUACCGGUAUUGUGGCUGUCAUAACCGUCAUAAAUAUAUUCAAAUCAGCUUUCACUGCCUGAAAACGAUAACGGUUUAAUUUCUCUGCCUAAAUCGAUGUCUAAAUUCUUAUUAUUUCAAGCAUUUUAUAAUCAGUGGUGUUCUUACUGUUUUGUUUUCAAAAUUUGUGUCGCAGGCAUUGAAUAGUAACAGAAAAAAUGGAAUAUGAAAGAAUUUGGUUUACCAACUUUCUUAGAUUUAAACAUCAGAACUGUUUGCUACUACAAAAUGUUACUUUUGGUUGUGGUUGGCCGUUUAUUUCUUCCAACACUAUUCAGAUUGUAACAGAAGACACAUUUAUAAGUAAAGCUUGCUGAAAAAUUGUAUAGUUAAUAUCUACAAAUUACAUAUAUUUUUAGGACGUUAAAUGUCCGUGGCCGAGUGGUUAAGGUCGUUGACUUCAAACCAUAUUAAAUUUGCCCUUCACCACUGUGGGUUCAAUUCCCAACAGGGACUUUAGAUUCUUCCAUGUGAGGAAG